AACCAUUUCACACUCCCCCCACCCCCAAUCCGCCGCCUCCGGCCAUGUCGCCUAAGAAGGACGCCGGCCUCUCGCCGGCGGCGCCGGCGCCGCCGGCGCCGCGGGACCCCCCCGGCGUGCCCGUGCUCAGGGGGACCAUGCGGCCCGCCGAGUGCGCCGACCUCCUCGGCCUGGUCUCCGGGGUCAAGCGCCCGCUCGAGGACGUCGUGGCGGACUUCCUCACCCGCAUCCCGCCCGACCGCCGCGUCCGCUUCGGCGCCGCGAUAAACUUCGUCCUCAAGGACAAGAAGAUGCUUCGACCAGCUGAGCGUUUAAUUGCAUUUGCAAUUCUUCAUCAAGGUUAUUCCUCACAGUUGGAAAAUCCCUUUGUUCCUCUAUUAAUACAUGCUGCUUGUGAUGAAACCUCUGAUAAACCGGAACGGGUGUUUCUCCAACUUCUGUUAAAUUCCACUAAUGGGGACAACAAUAGGGAGAUUCUGAGGCAUUCUGCUGCAGAUUGCUUGGAGGAGUCUGUUUAUGCAUCUCAGGUCUUGCUCACCAGGGAGCAGCUUGAAAGCCAAUAUUCCUGCAGUGAGGUGGAAGCCCAGUCAUGUACUGGUAGUUUCGGAGCUUCUACUGUUAGAAGUGCUAUUCUCGAUCCAGAUGUUUCUCAAAUCUGCACUGAUCCAUCAGAGGUAUCACAACCAAAAUCAAAUAGAGAUAAUUUGGUGACUACUUUACUUCAACAAACAUCACUCAACGGAAUUGGUCCUCAGUGGAUACGACCUCCUCCUCCAAGACUUGAAAUACUUGAAGGGGAGCUACAGUGGCUGAACCUAGACAACAACCAUGAGUUAUUGUGGGAUAGUAGCAUGUGUGCUGAUACUAGUCGAGGGGCUGCGAUCCGAGAUUUAGUUGGAAAAGCUUCCAAAGGACCACUUUCACUUGCCCAACAGGAGCAAGUUUUGGUGGAAUUGGCAAAAGACUGGAAGCUAGUUUAUCAUUGUGGGAUGACACCACAGAAGCUCCCAGAACUUGUGGAACAUAAUCCACUCGUCGCUGUUGAAGUCCUUUCGAAGUUGAUUAACUCACCUGACAUGGAUGCUUACUUUGACAUUCUUGUCCACAUGGAGAUGAGCCUACAUUCAAUGGAAGUUGUAAACAGGCUUACUACUGCAGUAGAUUUACCACCAGGAUUCAUUCAUGACUACAUCUCAAACUGUAUUCGAUCAUGUCAAAACAUUAAGGAUAAAUACAUGCAAAACAGACUAGUAAGGCUAGUUUGUGUUUUCCUACAGAGUCUCAUCCGAAACAAGAUAAUAAAUGUACAAGAUCUCUUCAUUGAGGUACAGGCAUUCUGCAUUGCGUUUUCGCGAAUAAGAGAGGCAGCUGGUUUGUUCAGGCUCCUCAAAUCUUUAGAGUGAAGAAGGAUGUAUGGUUUAAACAAAAUUUUCCAUUGUGUACAUCCAUAGUUUUACCUGUUGUACCGGUAGAUCUUGAUAGUUUUUGACUUCAUAGAUUAUAGCUCUGUCAUGUACUAGUUGUCAUCAUUAAACUGUUCCCCUCAUCUAAAAAAGAAGAAAAAAAACCACCAAUUUUCCCCAGAUAGUUCAUUCUUAACAGCAGCAUCUGUUGUAUUAAGCAUGUGUUGUUCUGAUCAACAAUAGGAGAAGUCUAGCUUUCA